AUGACCUAUGAAAAUGCGUGGAGCGGCGAGCAGCGUCUGGUGGCGCUCGACCAGCUGCUGGACGUGAGCGACUCGGCGCAGGUGCGCCACAUGAUGCAGGUCAUCAAGCCGCGCUUCCAGCGCGACUUCAUCUCGCUGCUGCCGCGCGAGCUGGCGCUGCACGUGCUGUCGUUCCUGCCGGCGGGCGACCUGCUGCCGGCGCAGACCUGCCGCAGCUGGCGCCUGCUGGCCGAGGACAACCUGCUCUGGCGCGAGAAGUGCCGCGAGCUGCAGGUGGACGACCUGCAGGAGCUGAUCCAGGUGCGACGGCGACAUGCGGCGCCAGCCGAGCCCGACUCCAGCGUCUGGAAGCAGGCCUAUAUCCGCCGCAUGAAGAUCGAGGCCAACUGGCGCAGCCGCGAGCUGCCCGAACCGAAGGUGCUGAACGGCCACGACGACCACGUGAUCACGUGUCUGCAGUUCAGCGAGCACCGGAUCGUGAGCGGCUCAGACGACAACACGCUGAAGGUUUGGUCGUCGGCGUCGGGCCGCUGCCUGCGCACGCUGGUGGGCCACACGGGCGGCGUGUGGUCGAGCCAGAUGGACGGCGCCACCGUCGUCUCUGGCUCCACAGACCGCACGCUCAAGGUGUGGAACGCCGACUCGGGCCAGUGCCUGCACACCCUCUACGGUCAUACGUCGACGGUGCGCUGCAUGCACCUGCACGGCAAGAAGGUGGUGAGCGGCUCGCGAGACGCCACCCUCCGUGUGUGGGACAUCGAGACGGGCGAGUGCGAGCACGUGCUCGUCGGCCACGUGGCGGCCGUGCGUUGCGUGCAGUACAACGGCAAGCUUGUGGUGUCGGGCGCCUACGACUACAUGGUCAAAGUGUGGAACCCGGACCGCGAGGAGUGUCUGCACACCCUGCAGGGGCACAACAAUCGCGUCUACUCUCUACAGUUUGACGGAGUGCACGUCGUGAGCGGCUCGCUCGACACCAGCAUUCGCGUGUGGGACGUGGAGACGGGCCAGUGCAAGCACACGCUGAUGGGCCACCAGAGCCUGACCUCCGGCAUGGAGCUGAAGAACAACAUCCUCGUGUCGGGCAACGCCGACUCGACCGUCAAGGUGUGGGACAUCCUGUCUGGCCAGUGUCUGCAGACGCUGUCCGGCGCCAACAAACACCAGAGCGCGGUCACCUGCCUCCAGUUCCAGAACAACUUCGUCAUGACCUCGUCGGACGACGGCACCGUCAAGCUCUGGGACGUGAAGACGGGCGAGUUCGUGCGCAACCUGGUGUCCCUCGACUCGGGCGGCAGCGGCGGUGUGGUGUGGCGCAUCCGCGCCACGCGCACCAAGCUCGUCUGUGCCGUCGGCAGCCGCAACGGCACGGAGGAGACCAAGCUGCUCGUGCUCGACUUCGACCCGGACCACAAGUGAGCCGGCGCCGGCGCCGCCACCAGUCUGUGAUUGUGAUGCGUUCAUACGGGUCUCGGGCCGCGACUGCGGCGCAGAGACGGCAUUCAGCGGCAUUCGGCGGUGGUCGCCGCUCGCACCUGAGCCGGGACGUGACCACUCCACCUUGCCAGUACCAGGAGCGCGGCUGCGGCCGCCGCCGCCGCCGGCGCGGCGCGGCACGGCGGCGGCGGCCCGGCGCGUCCCGCACCGCCCCCAGCCCGGGGCGCACGGCUGUUUUCGUUGUUGGCGGACUUCGCACCGCGACUCUGCGGCGGAGCUGGAUGGUUGCUCAAAUGGUUUUCGCGUCUUUUUUAAGACCGCCGCCCGUGGUGAGCCCGCCUUCAACGUACGACUUAGUUAAUUGCUUUUUACUUAAGGUACUGAACACCACAAUAAUGAGAUGCAAUUUAUAUGAAUAAAUUUCCGUCUAAGGA